AUGGUGCGCAGUUUGCAUGAGCUGGUGAUUCAUUGGUCAUCCAAAUGCAUGGAUUUUAUAGCAGUCAUCCAAAUGAAUAAAGUCCAGCUGAUAUUGCUGUUUUAUCAGCUCACAGUUAUCACUACUUCAAUCAAAGUGAUCAACAAUGGCUUAGCACCACCUGAAAUUGUCCACUCACCCAUAAGAACCAAACCUCGAUGUAUUGUCAAAGCAGAACCGCUGGAUUUGGUAUUUAUGCUAGACAGUUCAGGUUCGCUGAAGAACAAAUUUCAAGACGAAAUUGAUAUCAUUCGCCGGAUCGUCAAUCAUGUUACUAUCGGAGAACCAGCUACACGGGUCAUGCUUAUACAAUUCAGUGGUGUUCAACAUUUGGAGUUUAAUUUCAAGAAAUUCAAGGAUCGCGAAGAUAUUCUUGGUGCUUUAGAUGUAUUGAGGCAUGUAUCAGGCAUAACACGAUUGGGUGAUGCAUUUGAAUACACUCUUAGUAUGCUGAAUGAAGAAAAUGGAAUGAGGCCUUCGGAUAUACCGAAGAUAAUAUAUUUAUUAUCGGAUGGUCGAACGCAUGACUAUCCUAAAGAUACGGAAAUGGCAGAUCUAUUGAGACAACAAAUUGACAAUGUUGACAUUUACGCUUAUGGAACUGGUGAAUACGUUGCUAUGAAUGAAUUGCUUGCUAUUACCAAGGAUCCAAAGAAAAUUGUGACAAAUCAAAACUUGGAUGAUUUAGAACCAAUGUUUGAUCGCUGGAGAGGUACUGAAGUUUGCGAGAAAUUACCUGUUUGUGUCCGUGGAUCUGAUAAACCUCUUGACUUAAUUCUGAUCAUUGACUCUUCCGAAUCCGUUGCUCACCUUUUUGAUGAACAAAUCAGAUUUGCAGUUGAACGGAUCGUUCGAAACAUUAAUGUACAUCCAGAUGCUGUAAGGUUAGCUUUGAUUACUUAUUCUGGACAAGCGUAUAUCCAUUUCAAGUUUAACGAUCCACAAAUUGGUAAUAAUACAUCGGUAAUAAGACAUUUAAAUGGGUUGAAAUCAAUUAAAGGUACCACAUCGACACAUAUCGCUUUACAUCAAGCUUACAAACUGUUAACGGAUACUGAUAAUGAAAAUGGAGUACGUGAAGGAGUCAAAAAGAUGAUUAUCAUAUUCACAGAUGGUCACUCGCAACGUUCACCUCAGGAUAUGGCGUUACGUCUUAAAGAUAAAGGCGUGGAAAUUUUUGCGAUAACGUUGACUCCAGCACCAUAUGCAGAUGAAGGCGAAUUACUAAGCAUCACACAGAACACAGAUCACAUUUUUACGCCCGUUAAUUUAAAGGAUUUCGAAAUCAAAUUUCUCCCAUAUAUUGGUUUCGGCUGUAUUGGUUUAGAUCUGGGACUUGAUCCGGAACCAAGGAUUCGUGGCGCUACUGAUAUCAGCUGUGACGGAGGUUCCCUUACAUUCACCGUCCGAACACAACGGCCAAUGACAGGCCUUAUGUACGCACAGCAGUAUCACGAUGAUAUGAAAUGUGUUAAGAUAACCGAUGGCUCAUCUAGGGAAAUCUCGAUCACAUUUUACGAGGGCACAUGUGGCCUUAUUAAAACACCAGCUACACGACAUGUUGGUUAUGUUUUUAAUAUUACUGUCAUAUUGCAAUUCCAUCCGGUUAUCAUGACAAGAGCUGAUCAGGGUUUGAGUAUAUCCUGCUUCCACCAACAACCACUUCCACCUCAAGAAGUAGGUCGUUCAUCAAUUAAAAAGCUUAGUGAUACCGAAUGCACAUAUCGACUUCAUCGAUUUGCGCCUGAUCAAUGCGUUUCUUUGGAUGCUAAAGUUGGUGAAUCGUUAUAUCAUAGAUGGGAAUGUGAUAGUCCGUCAAAUUAUCACUACUUGAUACAUGACUGCUUUGUUAAAUCAGAAACAAAAAAUGUACUGAUUGUGGAUUCCAACGGAUGUGAAGUAGACCCACAUUUCCUGGAAACUCCUGAUUACACGAAAUUUUCUAAGAAUUGGAAAAAUGAUGCGUAUGUUUUCAAAGAGAUGAGUGUAUUCAAAUUCCCUGGAGACGGGAAUGUUGUCUUUCAAUGUCAAAUAUCACUGUGUGAUAUGGAAAGCGAUGAUGCAUGCAAGGCUAUGAUUCCUCCACGCUGCUCGCAUAAUUCGACGUUAAGGCUGAAACGUGAAAUGCAAGCCAAGAUAAAACCAGGAUUCGCAAUAACAUUUAAUGUGGAGACCCGAACAUUGAAUGUUUUGGAAAAUGAAUCAACUCGGCCAGCUACUCCUAUCAAGUAUUGCGAUGUGAGAGUAUAA